AUGCACAUUGGGAGACUCGCCUUGACUCUUGGAUGGUUCAGAGGCAAGGUGAUCAUCGCCGAUCUCAAUGAGGAGGCCGGAAGCAAGUUCGCUGCGGAACUGAAUGAGAAGGCUGGAUCAAGUGUUGCAGUUGCCUACAAGGUCGACACGACCAACUGGGACGAUCAGGCGGCUGCUUUCGAGAAGGGUAAAGCUACCUUCGGUCGCAUCGACUAUGUGUUUGCCAACGCGGGAAUUGCGGAACUUCCGUGGCUACCCGCGUUCGAUCCCGCUACCGCGGCAAACCGUCCGAUCUCGAAACCCAACUUCGCGACGCUGAACAUCGAUUGCACUGGACAGCUCAACACGGCGGCGUUGGCGUUGCAAUACUUCGAGCGUCAGGAGAAGGGUGUGAACGGCUUCCGUGGCAAGCUCAUCUUGACGUCCAGCGUGAUCGGCUUUUAUCCGAGUACGACGAUGCCGAUGUAUUCGGCUGCGAAGGCAGCAAUCGUCAACUUUAUGAGGGCGUCAGCUGCUUUCUACGCAGACAAGGACGUCACUAUCAACUGCAGUAAGUCGUGA